CAGGCUUCAAGGGAUGUUUAUUUGUUUUUGGUCACGUGCAUUUUUAGUGGUGAGUUAUUUGUAUAAAAAUUCUAUAGAUUCGUUCUAAGAAUCAAUGUACGUGACAGCCGGACUUGGGGUGGAUCGCUGGCAGUGGACACAGAUAUAUCGUACGAAUCUACCAGGCGACCUGCUCGCCAGAGUACUGAAACGAUAAAUAUGGUGCCUGCAAAACCAGGACUUCUUGCUGCUGCGCUGUGUGUUCUGAUAGCAGUUCAAACCGCAGCCGGAUCUGGCGUGCCAGACAACAAAGGGACCGAAUUCGUCCUCGUUUUCAUUCAGCAGCACAAAGCUCUGCUGACGAAUGGGAGGAACUCGCUGUACGUUACCAGCGAUGAAGCAACUAAUGUGACGAUCGAAAUACCUAGCAUUGGUUUUCAUGAAAAUUACGAAAUUGAAAAAAGAGAAUUAAUUUCACUUGACUUCGACGGAAGCAUCCGGUUCCAUAACGGGACCGAGCUUGCACACAAGGGGAUAAGCAUCCGUUCUAGUAAAGAAAUAUCGGUUUACGGCCUGAACAGCAUCAAGUACACAACGGACGGGUUCCUUGGUCUUCCCAUGGACAUUCAAGCCUACGAAUACGUGGUGCCUUGUUACACGCCGCAGGGUAACGCUCUGGUCGCAGUGGUGGCAAACGAAAAUGAUACCAACAUCGCAAUAAAAAUCAAAACCCCAAAUGGUACGGUGACGUUUAACAACAAAAUGUAUGGUGACGGUGACUGGUUAAACGUGACUCUUAAUCGACUCGAUGCGUUCCAGCUUGCUCACUUUGAAGACUUAACAGGGACGCGCAUAUACACCGAUAAACCGUUAUCUGUGUUCUCGGGAGGUGACUGCUCCUAUAUUCCACCUGGUAUCAAAUUCUGUGACCAUCUCGUGGAACAAAUCCCCCCUAUUAACAGCUGGGGUCGGCAAUUUGUCACCAUUCCUUUGGAAACGCGUCUUUCUGGCGACAUUUUUAGAGUGUUGGCCGCUCACGACGAUACCAUCGUUCAUUUUGGCCCGAACUUGAACGAGACCCUUCAGGAGGGAGAAUUCUUAGAGGUAGACGUACCUUCUACGGUCUAUCGGUACGUAACAUGUUCUAACCCAUGCCUCCUUUUACAAUAUUCCAAAGGCGGCAACGUAGACAACAAUACCGAUUCCGAUCCCUUUAUGCAAAUAAUCCCUCCUAUUGAACAGUACAGCGCCGAAUAUACUCUAUCAACCCCGGAUGGGACGACGAGCACGAAGUUCCGAAGUUACAUAGGUAUAGUGAUCGAAACAAAGUAUAGAAAUGGACUCCGUCUAGAUGGUCGACCAUUAACUUUUGGACCGGGAGGCACGUGGACUCAAGUUGCGGGGACCAAUCACUCGGCAAAAUCAGUGCGCAUAAAUCCUGGUACCCAUACCAUAGAGCAUCAAGACCCCAGGGUCGUUUUCGCGGUGUAUUUAUACGGCUUUAUGAAGGAUGAAUCUUAUGGAUACCCAGGCGGUCUUCGGUUGGCCAAUAUUGCUGACGAAUGCAUUCCGAAAAUUGGUCUUCCGGCGGACGGGAUGGACAAUGACUGUGAUUACAGAAUUGACGAGGAACUUGCUAAUGGACUCGAUGAUGAUGGAGACGGUGUCAUAGAUGAAGAUCUUGCCGCUGCACCACCACGUCUAAUAAUCCCAGGUGACUACAAUGAUCAAGUUUGUAUCAUAAACACGACGCCAGACGAGACCGGGAGAGCUCGAGGUACAGUUGCACAUAAAUGUCAGCAAAGAGGAGUGACGUCCAUUACAUACACCGACACAGGCCUUUCGUCAACCGCGUGCGAGAAACGUUUGGUGAGGAAGUGGGAGUUGCGCGACGGGUGUGGCCACAUCGUGAACGGCAACCAAACCAUAGAACAGCACAUCAAGGAGCCGGUUAUCCGAUUUCCUCUCGACAUAGACGUGUAUAUAAAAUGUGACGAGUACCGUUCAGACUGGGAGAACAACGAAGUGCCCCAGGUAUUGGAGAAAUGCCCAUAUCACAACAUCACCUUCCACAGAGAUACAACAGCGGGUGUAUGUGAUGGUGAGAGAACAAUGGUGCGACACGUUAACUGGACGGCUACUGAUCAGUGCGGCAGGCGACAACACCACCUCCAAACGAUUAACAUCAACCCUCAAGCAUCAAACCAAAUUAUGGAUGUGCAGUGUAAUUCCGUACAAUUGGAAGUGCAGGUGGACGUGGCGAAAUUAAAUGCACAGUAUGAGAACAUAGAUAUGACGAGUUUAAGACUGCUAGACAGAGGAUGCACUCCUUUUCGAAGCGGAUCAAAGCUGAUCUUCAACAUACCACUGGGCGCAUGCGGGACACAAAGGAAGGAAACAGACAAUGCCAUUAUGUACAGUAAUAGGAUACAGUCAGUUAGUUCCUCUAGUGAAAGACACAGACCUCCUUCCAGCAUAAUUUCAAGAGGGAGGGCACUAAUGCUGCCAUUUGAUUGCGUUUUGCACAAGCAUGCAACGGUGGCCAGAGAAUUUCAACGUAAAGGGCACAAUGUGAUAGGACGAGUACACGUUGUGCACGGCAAUUUCACCAUACACAUGAACAUGUUCAAGGACAAGAAUUACAGGAUUCCAAUUGUGCAAUUUCCAUAUUUUGUUGCUUUUGGGGAUACCGUGUUUUGGUCAGUUAAACUAGCGACGUCAGAUCCAAAUCUGAAGCUCAUAGUCCAGAUGUGUGAAGCCACCCCUUUUCCUUCGAGGACGUACCCUACCAAAUAUUUUUUGGUCAAGGACAGGUGUCCUACUGAUCCAACACUCCACAUUCAGUCUGCCAGCCCCAAGGAAGUUAAACUGGACUUUGAGGUUUUUGAAUUCAUUCGUAAGAUUGGCCUUGUUUACGUGUACUGCGAUGUCACAAUUUGUACGUCCGAGGAUACAUCUCCACACUGCUCACAAGAAUGUUCAUCUACCAGUGGCGCACCACCAACAGAGGGCAGCAGUGGACAUCAGCUAAAGCGACGUGAAGCAAACCAUAAACACACUGCUCUCAAUCACUAUGAUCUUUACACUGGACCACUUGUUUAUCGGGAAAAAACUUCAAAGGUUGAUCCACAGUCAAGCUCAAAAUUAACUGUUGCCGCAUCUAAACCAGAGAAUGGUCUGGAGAUACCUUGGCCUGCAGUGAUCCUGGUGGCUAUUGCCCUGGUGGCUCUCUUGGUGGCAGUGGCACUGCUUCUCUUCGUCAGUAAAAAAAAAUAGACCACUGAU